AUGCCCUUUGCUUCCAGGCUCCGGGCCAGGCAGCCUAUUGGGGAGGGGCGGGCGCGGCGUCGGCCCCCAGCGACCAGGGGUCCAGUGAAGUCGCUGCAUCAUGCUCCGCGCGCUUCAGCCGGGCAGCGGGACGACCUAGCUAGGGGCGCAGCUCUGGUGCCUGCGGUGGGACCCUGGACCCUGUUCAGACAGAAUUCAUGGCAUGUGAUUAAGUGGCAUGAGGUAAAUGUGGGUGACAUUGUGAAGACUUUGAAUGAGGAGUUCCUUCCUGCAGACAUGAUCCUGAUUUCUUCCAGUGAACCUCAGUCAAUGUGUUAUGUUGCAACAGCUAAUUUGGAUGGAGAAACAAAUCUAAAGAUACGGCAGGCAUCAUUAGAAGUUGCUGGAAUAAUAAAGGAAGGACAAUUGGUAAACCUAGAUGGAAAAAUUGAAUGUGAAGAACCUGAUCGUCAGUUUAAUAACUUUGUUGGAACCUUGUAUUUAAGGGGUAAAAGGUAUCAUUUUUCUCUUCUCAAGUAUAUUUUCUCCCUCUUCUGGAGCACAGUUAGUUGCAGUUUCUGUUCUGUCCACUAAUAACAUUUGAAAGCAUUAUAAUUAUUUACAUUUUCCUUGACUUUGAAAUACCCUGAAGCUCCUGUGAAAACAUUGAAAAUAAGGAAACGAUUCAGCAUUAUCUUAAUCAGGAUACCUGUGUUAGUCAACUUCAUGUUACUGUAAUAAAAUACCUGAAACAAU